CUCUAGCCCAGCCUGCAGACCACAUCCGGCCGGACAUCAGAUACGACUACGACAGGGCGCGCCCAUUAUUUGCCCAUCAUGACUUACACCUCGGUUUCUUUGGCCAUUGCCGGCCUCAUCCUAAGCCCCUUGACCAUGGCGCAGCUCUUCACGGUCAACUGCGAGCCUCUGACCAUCCAGAGAGGCGACCCCAUCGUGGACCCAGGGGUGCUAUCCAGCCACGUCCACGCAGUUGUAGGAGGCACCGCCUUUGCGCUCUCCCAGUCCAACGAGGCCGCCAAGGCAGCCAGGGCGACCACGUGUGACAAGAUACUGGACAACAGCAACUACUGGCAGCCGCAACUCUACCACCAGCGCCGUGAUGGCAAGUUUGAGAUUGUCAACUUCCAGGGCGCCGCCGCGUACUACAUCUCCCGGGCUUGCGACUACGCGCCUGGCCGCCGCAACUGCAACGGCAGCCCUGCUCCCAAAGCCCCUCCUGCAGGUCUGCGCAUGGUGGUUGGUGAACCGUCGCUGAGAACGUACAACCACUCGAACCCUGCGCAGCGAGCCAUCUCGCACGUUUGCCUGGGAAGAGGUACCUCCAAGGAGACCCCAAACUUUCCAUCGGGGCAAUGUGAGCGCAUGCGAGCCGAGACAUUCUUCCCUUCCUGCUGGGAUGGCAAGAACCUUGACAGUUCAAACCACAGGAAACAUAUGGCGUUCCCGGUCAUUGGAGACUUCAACACCGGUGUGUGCCCGCAAUCGCACCCCGUCGCCAUCUUUUCCGUCUUCUUCGAAUUCUUCUACGACACCGGUGCGAUCAAGAACUUCAACCGCUUGGUCUGGGCCAACGGCGACCCCACCGGAUACGGGCUUCACGGUGACUACCUCAACGGCUGGAAGGACCAAGACAGGCUGGGCCGUGCCAUGGACACCUGCACCGGACCGGGAGGGGUCAAUGCUCCGGGGUGCAGCCUGAACGUUGGCCCCAACGGACCGGGCCACUCCAGCAGACAGGCUCUGCAGACGCCGCCCCCGACGGAGGACGUCGGCUUGAAGGCGCCCAUCGACAAGCUGCCCGGCAACAACCCCGUUACUCAGUAGCCGGGCUACGUGCGAUGCGCUCUCAAGGAUGUAGUGACUACACAGAUUGGAUGGAAGCGGGUGACUGAACGGUCCCCGGAGAUCAUAUCAUGAGAGAGCCAUUGCCUGACAUGUAUUUGAUGGGUUCCACUCAUUACUUUGCUGUUCUUGUACAUAUUCCAGACUUGUGUCUAUCGUAAAUGCCACCGCUACUGUCG